UUGUGAGUUGCGAUGCGACGGUUUUAUUCAACUAACUUCAUAUUAUUAUAUUUAUCUAUGUUUUACAGUAUAUGGUUGACUUUUACUUAAAGAUAGUAGAUUUAUAAUAUUUAUUCAAUUUAUUGUUUUUUGGAAUACCUAAUACCUACGCCCUACGGUGAAUGGUAUAUCCUAUAUUAGUGUUACAAAUUACAAAAUCGACGUCUGAAUAGUCUUGCUUGCUACUCGAACUUGUAUUCUAUUAUGAUGUGAUGGAAGCAAUGAACGUUCGCAUCGUGUUCGUUUGAUUAUUGUUAUUAUCAGAUAAUAUCUUAUACACGACUCGUGAUUUUUUGUAUGUUCGUAUCAUUGAAUAUUUAAUAAUCGACCUAAUUAAUUGUCCUUUGAACAACGUAUAUUUUAAUCUGUGAUUUUAACUAGUUCCGUAAUAUUAAUAUACUUAGUAAAUCGUGUUUUCACACUUAAGUUUUUCACUCCGCCAUUUAUUAGGUGUGCGUGUAUAUGCCUGUGUCUGUUAAUUAAUUUUUAUAAAAUGUGUCUAAUAUCUGUGGCAUAUGCAUGUUUAAUACAUUAGCAUUGUUCAAUAUGUUAGAAGACAUCAAAAACGUUAUGAGUUCCAAAAGGCUGAAUAGUGAUUCAAAUGUACCGCUUGCAUUCAUUCAGGACACAAAGACUGGAGAAUUAUAUGAGGUGAAAACCGAUAGUCCAUUUCUCUUUGGACGCCUUCUAAAAUCCUCGGUAGUAAUCGAAGAACUAUACAUUUCUCGCUCUCAUUCUACCAUCACAUAUGCAAGUGGUCAAUUUCUCCUUAAGGACAAUGGAUCAUCUUCUGGUACAUAUUUGAAUUAUAAAAAAAUUGCAAGCACCGAAGUUCCAUUAAAAAAUGGAGAUCUUAUUGCCUAUACUGAUAAAAGUAAAACCUGGGACUUUAUUUACAAGUUUUGCCUUUUAGCAAAUCCUAAAAAGAAAUCCAGAUUAGAUGAAGAAACUGCUGAUGUAGAGGAACAUAACAAAUUAAAAAUUUCAAAGAUACGUAAGCUUCAGAAUCUUGUAAAGGAAUUAAAAUAUGAUAACACAAAACUUUACAAUGACACUAAAACUCAAAUGAAUGCAUUUAAUAAAAUGAUUAAGGAUGUAACAGAAAUGAAUGACAAGAUGAAUAAAGAAAUAAUUAAACUACAAGAUAACAAUCGAGAGUUGAAUAACGAGCUGAAUAUUAAUCGCAAAACAUGUGCGAUGCAAAAAGAACUGUUGGAUGCUAAAACUGCUCAGGAAGAAGAACCUGUAGAAAUAUUUAAAACUCAAAUCAUUAAACUCUUAGAAAAUGAUUUUCAAUGUUCUAUUUGUAAUGAAGUGAUGUUUCGGGCAAGUACAGCUAGUUGCAACCACACUUUCUGCGAAAGCUGUCUUAAAAAAUGGUUGAGCAAAAGCCCCUGUUGUCCUGUCUGCCGGGGUAUUGUGGAAUCUAUAACUUAUUGUCUUAUUUUGGAUACUUAUAUCACAAACCUAUGUGAUAUUCUAGGUGGAACAAUAAAGGAGCAACGUGUUACUUUACAACGUGAAAGGAAUGGGUAUCCACCUCAAGUGGCUAAAAGAGGUAGAAGAAGGGCUAAUCAAUCAACAACCCGCACUAGAAGAGAACAAUCCAUGUUUAAUUUAGUUGAUGUACCACCAGCCUUGCCUAUUAGAAAUACUGCUAGGUAUAGUGUCUACAACCUACAACCUCCUGUUAUUGAUAUUGUAGAUCUAACUAAUAAUACGUCUCGAUAAUAUUAACUAUUUCUUAUAAUAUUUUGAGCAUACUGAAAUUAUCACUCAUUUGCAAUUUAAAAUAUACUAAUUUCAUAAGUUAAUGAAAUCCUAGUGCAUUAUAUUUUAAGACACCAGUGUUCAAAUAUUUUUUUUUUUUAUUUAAACUUAGUUCUAUAAUUAAUGUAGACUUAAGAAUCCAUUAGAAACACAAUAUUCUUUUGUAUUUAUAAAAAAAAUUAAUAAAAGUAUUCUAUGAUAAAUAUUACCUCUUUGAUCUUUAUAUUAUUAAGAGUACCACUUUAUAAUAACUUACAUUAUUAGUCUAGUUGCAUUUUAAUGUAAAACAACAAUUUUAUGUUUAUAUUCUUAAACAGUAUUUUAUUAUAUUUAAAUUUGUCACCGGAGCAUAUAAUUAUUUUUCAUUUAGGCAGAUAAAUUACAAAAAUAAAUCUUUUCUGGUACAACAUAUAAAUUUAAGUAUAAAUCUUAAUUUCUGUUGUGCAAUUGUAUUACGUCUUGUUAAAUGUUUUUAGUUUCCUUACAAGUUGUAUUUUCUACUCUUAAAAAUCAGUAAAAUUGGUUGUAAACUUUUUUAUUUGAUACCCCAGAGCUCAAUUAUAAACUAUUUAGAUUAUAGAUAAUUUUAUUAUUAUUUUAAAGUUUUAAGCACUUAUAAUUAAAGUUUAAUUUUUAUAAUUUAAAUAUUUAUUGAUUUAUAUUAUAUUUUUUUUUCUUAUACUAUACCUAUGAUACAUUGAUACAUAAAAGACAGUUAAUAAACACACUUGCAGUUACUAUAUUGCAAAACACACACAUAUAUAUUAUAUAAAUUAUAAAUUGUUAUUUGAAUGAGUAUGUUACAAUUACAUUAAAAAUAUCUUCCUCAGUUGUUCAUUAUACAUAAAAUUGUAUUAAAUUUAUUAAAAAUCCAUAGUAUAAACUGUUGUUUUUAUAUUAUUAAUAUAAUAUAAUGUAAGUAUUCAAGUAUUAUAGGUAUUUGAGAUUAAACUUGUAUUUUGAAUUGAUUAUGUUUAUUUUGUUCAUUUUGACUGAGUAAAAGCUUUUUAUAUAUA